AUGGGAGCACGAAAAGAGAAUGUCUGGCCUUGCAGUAGUGAUGUCAGGGAGGGAGAGACCUUCCUCUCCCGUGGUUCUCUGGAUAAAUCGUCUCACAAGACGUUCAAGAUCAAACGCUUCCUUGCGAAGAAGCAGAAGCAGAACCGGCCUAUCCCGCAGUGGAUUCGCAUGAAAACGGGCAAUAAGAUCCGGUACAACUCCAAAAGGAGACACUGGAGAAGGACCAAACUGGGCUUGUAAGAGAGACUGUCUCCUGGGAACUCUAAUAACACUGGUCUUUCUGCGUCAGAUCAAUACGCCCCAUAUGCUGUUUGGCAACCCCCAAGUGAUUCCUUCUGUAGUGUUGGACAGCAAUCCCCAA